GGAACCUCCAUAUGCCGAGGGAGCGGCCCAAGAAAUAGCAAAAAGACAAAAAAAACAAAGCAAGCUCAGCAUCGCCCUCCAGGGAAAGCCGAAGUCCUGCGCGCCUGGGGUUUGCAGCGAGCACACAGGCCGUCAUGCACGGACUCCUCCGAGUGAGGGAGUCGGGGGUAAUGGAGAAAGGCGAGUCGGGCCAUUGCCCUGGCAACGGGGCGCGGGGGGGUGGUGGUGGUGGGGAGUGGGGAAGAGCGACUACGUUCUGUUUCCAUGCAGACCGCAACUCCACUAAAGGUGGGCGAGCCCCGACGGCCGGCCAAGAUCCGGAAAGAGACCACUAGCAAAGGUUGGCGACGAUGCCCUGACCCCUGAUGGACCGCAACCCCCUGAUUCCGGCCUCCAACCUCGUGACCCUGAGACGCUUCCAGCCCCGCCAGAACAUUCGGGCCGGAGGAGGGGAAGGGCGGAGCUGGAGUGGCGGGCUGGGGGACCCCAGCCAUGGCGCCCAAGAAGAAGCGCGGGACAAGCGCGGGGCGCCGGUCGGGCGCGGGGGGAGAGGGCGCCGAGCCGCCGCUGUCGGAACGCGCUCAGUACCUGCAGCGCGAGUACAAGCUGCUCUCGGAGCAGCUGGACGCCUGCGAGCAGCGAGUGGACCAAGUGCUGCGGGACAACGCCUUCCUCGACCGCGAGGCGCUGCGCCUGCGCGAGGAGAACCGGCUCUACGCCAGUUACGUGAGCGCGCGCGCCCAGCGCUGCGCCAACGCCGUCGUCCGGCUGGAGGAGCAGAACCGCGUGGACUUGACGCUGAUCCACUGGCAGCGGGCGGAGCUGGCAUCGCUCUACCGCGGGCGUGAGGACGGGGUGCGCGCGCAGCUGCUGGAGAUGGAGGCGCGCGCGGCGCAGAUGGCGCAGCAGGUGCAGGCGUUGCAGCCCUACAAGGAGCUGCAGCUGGAGCAGUUGGCCCGGAUCCGGACGCUGGAGCGCGAGCUGCUGCACAUGCGCGUGGAGCACACGCAGCUGCUCCACCGCGUGAAGCGGCGCUUCCUGGAGGACAAGGCAGCCUUCGAGCGCGAGGCGCGCCAGCGCGUGCAGUCCCUGGCGCGGCGUGCGGAGCGUGAGGCGGCGCGCGCGCUCUUCGCGCACACUCAGGCCAUCAGAGCGGACAACGGGCGCCUGCGGCAGGAGCUGCUGCGGCUGCUCCGCCGGGCCCAGCUGCUGCACGACAUGCGGCGCCAGUUGCUGGAGCAGCGGGAGCAGCUGCGGCGCGAGCACGAGGACACGCGGGACUUGGCGCGCGUGCAUGGCUGGCUCUCCCGCGGCCCCGAGGGGCCGCCGCUGUGGCAACCGCCGUCGGCUGCCUCACCCCCGGGGCCGUUCGCCUCCUCCACCAGCCCGCUGCGCGCCUUCUCCCGCGUUCCCUCAGCCUGUGCCUCACGGAACCCGUCUCAGGUCUCGUGGCGCCCGGCCUCUUGGACGCUUGCGGCUUCCCGGGCCGCGUCGCUGACCCCGUCGCGUGUUGCCCUCAGAGGCCCGUCACUGGCCCCUUCGAGGGCGGCUUCCCAGGCUCCAUCCCAGCCCCCAUCGCAGGUGGGCUCCAGGGUACCGUCCUCGAUCCCUUCGCGCCCAGCCUCCCGGGUCCCUUCCUGGACCUUGUCCCGCUCGGGCUCCCGGAUCCUUCCCUGGACCCCAUCCCGUCCGGACUCUCGGGUGUCGUCGCGGUCCUCGCUGGGUGAGCUUCACAGGACACCACCCUUUCUGGGAAGUCCGUCCCCAGAAGGGGCUCUUGCGGCCUCCCAGUCGCCGGAGACCGUGAAGGUGACGCUGGAGCCGAAGCUGCCUCUGGGAGAGCCUGAACCUACCCGGAGGGAGGCCAGUUAGGCCAGAGGGUGGGGGAAAACGCGUGCGCAGCACACGGAUUUGGUGAGUGGAUUAUCAAUAAAGGUGUGGCAGCCUCGCCCCACGCUGCUCUGGCACCACCUGCUUCAGUGGCCAGCAUUUCUGGCCGGCAGGGGCCAUUCAUUAUGCCUUCUAGUUUCCAGUCUGCUGGUGGCUUGUGUCUGCCAGGCAUUCAGCGUCUGUUCACCCACAGCUAGUCUCCCGGCAGCUGGCAGGGGCAGACGAAGUCAGCGACGCCGUGGUCCUGCCCACAGGGCCUGACAGUCUGGUGGCAGAGAGGGACAGCGAAGGCGUGGUUGGACAGGUAGUGUGAGAGCAGGAAAGGAGUCUGGCGGACCAGGGAGGAGCUGGUCGGCUGCGUGAGGUGGCUGCGACGGCCGGCAGCCACGCAGGCUGCUCCGCGGGGACGGGUGUGGGCUUUUUGUUCCAGCGCCUUGGGGAGUUACGGGCGUUUUUGUAAUGUUUAACCUGUUGGGGGGUUGGGGUUAAUUCUUAAUUGUGAUAUAGUUUCCAACCUAGAGAAAAGUUGCAAGAAUAGUACAGGGAACUCCCAUAUACCAUUUAUUCAGACUCACCAGCAUUCUGCACCUUUGUUUUGUCUAUGUAUCUGUUUGUUUGUUUGUUUGUUUUUCUUGGUCAUGUCCUCCGAAUUUGAAGUUCCAGCCAGGGAUCAAACCUGAGCUACAGCAGCAACUCAAGCUGCUGCGGUGGAUCCUUAAUCCUGCUGCACUGCAAGGGAACUCCUGAGCAAACUUUAAGUCUGAAAUAUAUUGAGCAGUAGUCCAUGUUUAUGGAUAUUAAGUUUUCAAUACUCCCUAAACUGAUCUAGAAAUUCAGCAUGACUCCAAGCAAAAUCAUAGCAGCUUUUUUGCUUUUUUUUUUCUUUCAGCGAUAGAUUAUAAAGUUUAUAUGGAAAAGCAAAUAACCCACCUUGAAUAACAAAGUUGGAAGAUUUACACUACCUGGAACUAAAACUACAGUAAAUUAAGACAGAGUUCUGUCGUGGCGCAGAGGAAAUGAAUCCAACUAGGAACCAUGAGGUUGUGGGUUCGAUCUCUGGCCUCACUCAGUGGGUUAAGGAUCUGGCGUUGCGGUGCGUCGUGGCGUAGGUUGCAGGUGCAGCUUGGAUCUGGCGUGGCUGUGGCUGUGGCCGGCGGCUACAGCUCCGAUUCGACACCUAGCCUGGGAACCUCCAUAUGCCGCGGGAGCCGCCCAAGAAAUGGUGAAAAGACAAAAAAAAAAAGAAAAAAAAAAAGAUAGCGAGAUCAGUGGAACAGAAUAGAGGGCAAAACAGACCCAUGUAACACAGUUAACUGUUUCAUGACAAGGGCACCAAGGUAAUUCAAAGAAUAAAAGAAAGCUGUUGUUUUUUCAAUUAAUGGUGCCAGAACUGUAGGGGGAAAAUUAACCUUACCACCCCUACCCCACAGCAUACCCCCAAAGAAUUCAAGAUCAACCAUGGGCCUAAAUGUGAAAGCCAAAACUAUAAAGCUUCUAGGAAAAAAAUACACAAUAUUUUCACAACCCUGGGGUAGGCAAAGAUUUCACUGGUGGGACCCCAAAAGCACUAAGCUUAGAAUUUUAAAAAUUCACAAAUUGGACUUUGUCAAAAUUAAAAUUUCUGCUUAUCAAAAGAC